AUGUGGCAGGUGCCUCAGAGGAAGCUGAGCAGGGCCAACCCCACGGGAACUGCGCGGACACGACGAGUUCUUAAAAUUCCGGAACUACGCGAUGCCUUCUAUCACAACUUUGCGAGUUCGACAAUGCUUUUGGCACGGCUUUCGGCAGAGGGAAGCCCUGUCUUUGCCUAUGGUGCUUGCAGCGGUGCCAUGUACUCUGGGCUGGUGCUGCACAACAAAGCUCUUGGAACGAGAGUGAGCGCACUGCUUCAGUUGCUGGUGGCUGUGAGUUACCUCUUCUCCGCACCCGUUGUGGGCAGACAAUGCGAUGAGUGCGCAGGAGACAGCGCAGCCUUGAGCAGAAAGCUGGCACUUGGCUGGGCCAUCCUGUUCGCUGGCUUUGGGCUUUUAGCAGCAGAUGCUGGCAUAUCCAGCCAAGCCCUAGGGUUGCUGCUCCUGGGCUUGGGAGAAGCCUUCGUGUUGCUGCCAUCUUAUCCCAGAUUAACUCUGGCAUGCCCACAUCGCCCGGGGUUGGUCUCUGCUUUCUUCAACGGAGCAUGGGCCCUCGGGCAGGCCUUGGGUCCCUUCAUCCUCGCACUGGUAACCUGGGAGCAGGCAGAGAUGGUGGCCAGCUGCUGCGCGCUGAGCCUGGCUGGUCUCUAUGCUUUUCUCAGCGUUGUGCAGGGAUAG